AUGAUUAGUAAUGAUAUUCGUUUGGGAGAUAUUAUAACUGAAGAUGAUAAUGGUGAUAGAAUUUUAAUUGGAUUUCCAUAUGAUGAAGGUAUACGAAGAAAUAAUGGAAGAAUUGGUUUUAAAUUAGAUCCAAAUGUAUUUCGGCAAUCAUUAAAACGAACAGGAACGGUUGUUAAUGCCGAAUAUGAAGAUUUAGAUAUAAGAAAAUAUCCCGAUGGAAAUACAACACUUUCAGGAUCACCUUUUCGACAAUUAAUUGAAGAUCAACGAUUUCAUCAAAAUCUUUCAAAUCGUUUUAUUGAAUUUGCUAGUCGCAAGGAUCUCAAUGUUCUAUUGAACAUGUAA